GACAAAGCUGCUCCCUCCGUCACUCUAAAAAUGGUAUUUGCAGGGGCACGUUGUUUAAAACUCCAUCGAAUUAUGCUUACGAUUGUGGGAUUAUGGCCAUAUCAGAAAACAGUUAUUUGGCAAAUACAAGCAGUUUUCUUUUUCGGUGUAUACUGCUGCAUGUUAUUUUCUCAGUUUACGCCGUUCUUAACGACGACUUGUACUAUGGAAUGUAUCAUAAAAAGAUUUACACAUAUUUGUAUUACUUUCGUUUUUAUUUUGCUUUACUACUCAUUCUACUUCAAUUCUGAAGCUGUAAAGCAAAUGGUUGAACAUAUGCACUUUGACUGGAAAAUGUUUGCAAAUAGUGAUGCAAUAAAAAUAUUUGAAGAAUAUCUCUUCGAAUCUUAUAUUUUUGCAUUAUCUCUGUGCUUUCUUUAUGUAAUAUCUGCAUUUUUCGUUGCGAUUGUCGAAAGUAAAUCUAUUAUCCUUGAUGUUAUCGCACCAAUGAAUGAAUCUCGACCACGAAAACUUGAUUUAGAUAUUGAAUUCUUCGUCAAUGAAGAACAAUAUUUCUUUUUCUAUUUAGUGCAGGAGUUAUUAGGAUUAGGGAUCGGUACUUGGUCGAUGCUUACGACUGGAACGUUCCUAACGACAGUAACAAAACACUUAUGUGCCACAUAUAAAAUUGUUAGUUAUUUAAUCCAAAAUACAGUAACGGUCCAUACGUUACAACUUCCUAUUGUUCAAAGAAUACAAUACAUGAACCGGAAUAUUUGUCUUUCAGUUUACAUUCAUAGAAGAACAUUGGCAUUCUGCAAAAGCUUGGUUCUUUCGUUUGAUAUAUGGUAUUUUCCAAUAGUUUUUAUUGGCGUCUUGUCCUUAAGUGGCAUUCUAUUUCGCCUAUAUAAUGAUAUAAUGCAGUUCGAUGACUUGUAUGAUAUUUUAGCAUACUUUGGAGUUUUAGUUUGUUAUUUGCUAUACAUGUUUAUGACAAACUUUCUUGCACAGUCUUACACUGACCACAGUGUAGAAGUAUUAGAAUCUACAUAUGAUACUCUUUGGUAUGUAGCACCAUUGCCGAUACAGAAAUUGUUCUUAAUUAUGCAAAAAUCUAUAAGGAGUCAUAAAAUAGUAGUGGGUGGGCUUUUUGUUGCGUCCAUAGAAGGAUUUUCUACGCUUGUGACUUCCGCUGUAUCAUAUUUUACUGUUAUGCACGCUAUGCGUUUAUGAGUAUAAAGUGACGAAGAAAUAGCGUAGAAGAUAUAGUUAUUCAGAGUAACGCUUUCGUGCAUUAUAAUUGUCCUUAGAAAAAUAAGUGAUAAAAUCUUUCACAGAAAGAAAGGAGCUACCUAUGUUAUAUGUACGUUAGAAAUAUAUGUAAUUGGCACUUAUUUCGAUUUUUUUAAGCAAGACAUUACAUUAAAUUUGACAGUAUAAAUUGUAU